GUAAACAAGCUUAUAUUCUAUAACCACUCAUUCACUUUUCCUAAAUAAACGGCGUGAAGAUGAGAUGGGACCACAAUUUACGACUAUUGAGAAAAGAUUUCAAUGUGUUAGCCUCUAUAAAGGAGAGCAUCCACUGUGCCCUGUUUGCAUCUAAGGCAGAGAGUCCAUGGAAACAGCGAUAGAGAUCCAAUUGAGUACAUUAUGCGUGUUGCUGAGCGUGCUUGCGUCGAAGAUCUCUGUUGUAGUCGCAGAGAACUAUGUGUCUGCAGUGGGUGACCCCGGGAUGCAGAGAGAUGGGCUGAGGGUUGCCUUUGAAGCUUGGAACUUUUGCAAUGAAGUCGGAGAAGAAGCCCCUAACAUGGGUAGCCCAAGAGCUGCUGACUGUUUCGAUCUUUCAAGUUCAAGUUCUCUGAAGCACAAGGUUAGUGAAGUUGAUAACAGACUUGGAGUAGGGAAACCAUUUCAUGGGUUGGGAAGAGAUGUAAACAACCCAGAUCUCUAUGCAGUGAAAAAGGAACUAUAUCUGGGUUCUAUCUGUGAAGUCGCAGACACCCCAAGACCAUGGCAAUUUUGGAUGAUUAUGUUGAAAAAUGGCAAUUAUGACACACAGUCUGGUUUAUGUCCUGAGAAUGGGAAGAAGGUAGCACCUUCAACGCCUAGACGGUUUCCCUGCUUUGGAAAAGGGUGUAUGAACCAGCCCAUCAUGUGUCAUCAGGAGACACGGCUCCAACAUGGUAUCAUGCGAGGAGCUUUCAGUGGUACCUAUGAUUUGAAUUCUGGCUGUGGAGGCGGACACAAUGGCCUCUCUUACUACGAGGUAGUCUGGGAAAAGAAAGUGCAUGUUGGGAGUUGGGUUUUCAAACAUAAGCUACAGACCUCAGAGAAAUACCCGUGGUUGAUGCUGUACCUAAGAGCCGACGCAACCAAAGGAUUCUCUGGAGGUUACCAUUAUGACACAAGGGGAAUGCUCAAAACUCUUCCAGAAUCACCAAAUUUUAAGGUGAGGGUGAGUUUAGACAUCAAAAGGGGUGGAGGAGCCAAGAGCCAAUUUUACCUGGUGGACAUAGGAAGCUGCUGGAAGAACAAUGGAGCUGCUUGCGAUGGAGAUGUGGUCACUGAUGUAACUAGAUACAGCGAGAUGAUCAUAAACCCCGAAACUCCAUCUACCUGUAGCCCCAAGAGGUUAAAGAAUUGCCCCCCAUUCCACAUGACACGAGACAACAGAAAGAUCUAUAGAAAUGACACAGCUAAUUACCCUUACUCGGCUUAUCAUUAUUAUUGUGCUCCAGGUAGUGCCAAACACUUGGAGCAACCUGUGAGCAUUUGUGAUCCUUACAGCAAUCCUCAGGCACAAGAGAUAGUUCAGUUGCUGCCUCACCCAGUUUGGGCUGAUUAUGGGUAUCCCGCCAAAAAAGGUGAUGGCUGGGUUGGUGAUGCAAGAACUUGGGAGCUUGAUGUUGGUGGAUUAUCCAGUAACCUCUACUUCUAUCAGGACCCUGGCUCUCCUCCUGCUAAGAGGGUAUGGACUUCUGUCGAUUUGGGUACAGAGAUUUAUGUUAGUGAAAAAGAUGAAGUAGCAGAGUGGACUGUCAGCGACUUUGACGUCCUCCUCACGCAGCCCAAUUCAUGAAUGGAACUUUGAUUUGAUAAACAGUAACGAGUUUUCAGCUUUUGAAAAUAAAAUAGCCGAUAAAGAGUUUGCUAGGGCGAGCAAAAGGAUUUUUUCUUGUCAAAAACGGAUCAUGGGAUCCUGAGGAGUGAGAAUGAAGACGCACCUUUUCCAGACA